GAAGAAGAAGAAGAAGAAGAAGCCGAAGCCGAAGCCUCUAACAGGCGGUAGAAGUUAGCAUCGGCUGUUGUUUGGGGAUAAAUCCGUUAGAUUAUUGUUUAAUAUUUAAUUGUGUGAACGUUAAAGCAGCUGAACACCAGUAUAACAGGAGAGAAACACUGACGCGUCUUCAGUGUCUCUGACAUGAGCAGCUCUGCUCAGAGGAAGAGGAGGACUACAGGAAGUCCUCUGGUUUCUAGGCCCAGAACCAAGACCAGCAGAAGGGCUAACGCUAGCGGGACGGCUGAUGGUGACCCCGCCCCCCCCACAGAGACCAUCGCUGUGAUGGACAACACUGAGGACAAUGUAGAGGAGGUGGUGGAUCUCACCUGUGAGGGAUCAGAAGCUGCUGUCGUUGACCUGACGAGCAACGACUCCGUUCUGCUGGUGGAUGAAGGUCCUCAGAACCAGAGAGGCCCCUCAGGUCAAAGUUACGUCGUCAGCAGUGAUGAAGAGGAAGACACGCCUCCUGUCCUCAAUGCUGCAAUCAUGUCCUCUGUACAGACCAACAGCUCCUCCAGGUCGACUCCGGGGACGAUCAGCUGUCCCGUCUGUCUUGACUGCUACUCUGAGAUUGUGGAGAGCGGCCGAUUGGUUGUUUCCACUAAAUGUGGUCAUGUGUUCUGCAGUCAGUGUCUGAGAGACGCUCUGACAUCAUCACACACCUGUCCUACCUGCAGGAAGAGACUGACCCACCGCCAGUACCACCCCCUAUACAUAUGACAUCACUCUGACAUCAUCACACACCUGAGGUACUUUUGGAUGUUUUAUUUCCAGCGACCUCAUCAGUGACCUCAUCAGAGCAGAUGCUUUUUGCUGCUGAGGAAACAAAAGACUUUGUGAGCUGUGUUUUAAUUGAAGAGUGAUUAUGAUUGAUUGAUAUUGUGUAAUUGAUAUAUUGAAUAUAUUUGAUAUUCUCAGUUUAUUCUUCAGUUUUCAUUUUCUCUAUUGUCUCUGGACUCUGUUUCUUUUCUAUUGUAAUAGAUCAAAUGUGUUAAAGUAGAAAUAAACUAUUCAAUUCUGA